ACACACACACACACACACGUGACCUUCAGUGGAGAAAACAGUACAUUAUUUUGCUGAUGGAGGAGGAAGAGGAGGAGGCAAGGGCAGACAGCCAGGGCUACUGGUGGGGGCGGCACCUUCCUGACAGUAAUGUCACGCCACCACAUGCCUAACCACUACCGCCUUGCUUUGCGUCCCGCCACACGCCUGCACACGCCCACACGUGACAGGCACUGCUUGAAACACUCUCCCUCUUUCACUCUCUCCCCACGGAAUAGCCCUCUCUCUCUCUCUCUCUCUCUCUCUCUCUCUCGCCAUGGAGAGGUUAGGUUAAGGUGGUGAAGUGAGCGGGAAUCCAACUGGUAGGUCUGUUCCUGCAGGGCGCGUCAUCGUCAGCGCCCCCAGCAUGCGCGGCGCGGCGCUGUGCAUGGCGUGCGGGGACCUGGCUGAGGGCGGCGAGGUGUGUGCGUGUGGUGACGCGCGGGCCACAUCCUGAGGGCACGCCUGGCGAGGGGACAAAGGCUGAGGACGCCCCGCCCAGCCCCUGCUACUGCCGCGGCGCCCGCAGGUGAGGCUCGGUGACCAGGUGUGCCCCGCGAUGGAGGGUGUGCAGGUAUGUGGCGGUGACGACUCGGUGUUCUGGCGUGCAGGUGUGGCGCAGCAGCUGUGGGCGGCCUAGCGGUGGGCGUGGUGCAAAGGGCGUGCGAGGCGUGGGGCAGGACGACGGCCGCCCAUCCCGCCCGGGCCGUGGUGGUGGUGGUGGCGGCCGUGGCGGUCUGUGGCCUGGGCUUCCUCAACCUGCACACUGAGUGGCGCCACUACCACCUGUGGGUGCCGCAGGACUCACUCUUCGCACAGAUGAACACGUGGCGCGCGGAACACUUCACACAGGAGCCGCGCACACAGGUGGUGUUGUGGCGCGGCGCGGGAGGCGUGCUGACGGCGGCGGCGGUGCAGGACAUGUGGCGCCUGCACCAGCGCGUGGCGGCACUCAAGGUGACGGUGGACGGCCAGCAAGUGGGAUGGCAGGACGUGUGCCUCCGGGUGCCCCGCCCCGAGGAGGGCGCCAACAUGAGUGUGGCGGUCAUCUUGGAGAGUGUGGGCGCGGCGCUGGGCGAGGCGGUGGGUGGCGCUGGUAUGGGCCAAUCUGGUGACCUGCGGGAGGAGCUGUGCGGGCAGGUGGAGGCGUGGCCCACGCGGUGCCUGGAGCAGAGCCUGCUAGAUUUGUGGGGCCAGGACGCGGCGCGCAUCGCCGCCCUCACGGACCACCAGGUGCUGCAGGACGUGAACGCCGCCGCCGCGCUGCCACCGCUAGGCGGCGUGCGGCGAGACAGCUCGGGUCGCGUGGUGAGGGCUGCCUCAGCGUUGCACACAUGGACCACGCGCGUGCAGGCGCGGCACAAGCUGGUACUGGACCACAGCUCGGCGAGGCGGGUGGACCAGGCAGGGCUGCGGUGGGAGGAGGCACUGGUGGGGGAGGUGCGAGCCGUGGCGGGGCAGGAAGGCGCGGUGCGGCCCCUGGUGGGAGCAGCACACAGCCUGGGCAAGGCGGCCACGGACGCUGUGACGCAGGACCUGCAGUGGGUGGCGGCGGGCAGCGUGGUGGUGGUGGUGUAUGUGGUGGCCACACUACCGCGCCCCUUGCUGGCGCUGCUGGGGCUGGCGGUGGGGGUGCCUCUCACCCUGCUGGCGGCGUACGGGCUGUGCGCCGCGUUGGCCGUGCCCUUCAGCUUCCUCAACGCCAUGCUGCCCGUGCUGGUAGCGGGCCUCGGCAUCGACGACAUGUACGUGCUGGCGGAGGCCUGGCAGGAGGUGGGGGAGGGCGCGGGGGACGUGGCGGAGCAUGGCGGGCGUGCACUGCGCCGCGUGGGCGUGGCCAUCACCCUCACUUCCCUGACAGAUGUCCUGGCCUUCCUGGUGGGCGCUUCAACGCCCCUGCCGGGCCUCAGGUGGUUCUGUCUGUACGCCGCCGCCGCCACCGCCUGUGUCUUUCUGCUGCACGUGACGCUGUUCGUGGCGGCGCUUGCCUUUCAGCACAGGCGGCACGGGGACUCUGCCAGGCGUUGCACGCCGCCCUGGGGUGGCUUGGUCCGGCGCGGCAUGGCGCGGUACGCCAGCGUGCUGCUGAGGCCCUGGAUGGCGGCCAUGGUGGUGGCGGGGGCGUUGGCCCUGGCGGGUGGCAGUGCCUGGGCUGCCACGGGGCUGCGGCAGCAGUUCAUCCAGACGGAGUGGUUCCUGCCGCCCUCGUCAGACUUGCACCAGAUGCUGCAGGCGCGGCAGGAACAGUUCCCGCGUGAGGGCGAGCACGGCUACGUGUAUUUCGCCAACGUGACGCUGCCCCGCGACCUGCCCGCCCUCGCCAGCCUGGCCGCCGCGCUGCGGGCGUCGCCUUACGUGCACAGUGUGGGCGCCUGGUUCCUCGCCUUCCAGAACGCCCUGCCGCAGGGCGUGGCGCCACUGUCUCCGUCACAGUUCCACGAGGCGCUCUCUCUUUUCCUGCACUCGCCGCUGGGCGCAAGAUUCAUCUACGAUCUGGAGUUCGUGGCGCCGCUACGCUGCCGCCGCGCAGCGCCGCGCGUCUCGGCCUUCAGGAUGCACCUGCAGCACCGCGAGCUGCACACCAUGGAGGAGCAGCGGGCGGCGCUGCACGAGGUGCGGCGGCUGGUGGCAGAGGCGCAGGUGGGUGGGUUCCGCGGGGCGUGGGCGGACGCGUACAGCCAAUGGGAGACAGGCUCCAUGAUCGGCGGCGAGGUGGUGCGCGGCCUGGCACUAGUGGUGGUGAUGGUGGGCGCCGUGGCCCUAGCUGUGGUGGGUGCGGGGCGGGCGGCGGCGCUGGUGGUGGGCAGUGUGGUGGCCACGUUGGUGCAGGUGGCGGGCGUCAUGCGGGCGUGGGACCUUUCCGUCAACACUGUGACGGCCAUCGCGCUGGUGCUGGCCGCGGGGCUCAGUGUGGACUACGCCGCCCACAUUGCCCACGCCUUCAUGGCAGCCUCGGGCACGCAGCGGGAGCGGGCGCGCGCAGCGCUGGUGAACAUGGGGCCGCCUGUGUUGCACGCGGGCGUGUCCACACUGCUGGCCUUCGCCGCCCUGGCGCCCUGCACCACCUACCUCUUCACCGCCUACUUCAGGAUCCUCACCUCCGUGGCGGCGCUCAGUCUGCUGCAGGCCCUGCUGGUGCUGCCCGUCCUGCUGGCCCUGCUAGGGCCUGCCGCCCACCACAACACACCCACGCCACACCAAGACACUUCCAAACCACCAACAGCGCCGGCACACACCACGCUCACACCCUCGGCAGCCACGCCCACACCACGCGCCACACCCUCACCAACCACACCAAUCCACAAUCCACUCCGCCCACACACCUCCUCGCCACCCACGCCUCCCAUCACCACCACACACCAAACAACAGAUGUGACAUCACCCUGCACCCCCCACCCUCCCGCCGCCCUGACUACUGACAAGUGACCACCCUCACCAUGACAACACCUCCCCGCACAUCUUCACCGCCCCCCUACACCUGCUGCACGGCGGAGAUAAGAUGGCAAAGACAAGACUGACUGACCUGCAUGGUGUGAUGCGGCGAGCAGCUGUGUGGUGACUGCUGGGGGCGUCCUUCCUCACACACCUCACUGACACACCACCUCUUGUCUUCCUCACCGUCACACCGCCUUGCCUUACUCAUCUCUCACCUCACUCUUGCCUCAGUAAUCACGCUUCCCUCACUCCCCACCACUAGCUCAUGUACUCAGCCGUUCUCCCUCACUGAGUCACUGAGUCGCGGAUAUUCAGGUAACAUUAGUCAGGAGUCAGUCAGAGUUGAGCGCACCACCACGUGUGAAGCUUUGUUUGUUUACUGGUGACGUCACGACUCACGACUCACGCAUCACUCAGCGCACUUCUUAUCUACUUUUCAUUUUCUUUCUUUCUUUUUGUUGUUUGUGAAUGGCUAAUUAAUGAAGUGCUAGUGCAGGAUAUUAAGAAAAUUGUGUUUGACUUGUGAGAAAUGAGGAAACACCAAUGAGACUGCAACAAACUGAUAACAGAAAACAAAACUAUGAAAUGAAAUAAAAAAAAAAUUAGUUCAUUUCUGUUUCUCUGAUUAUAUGACGCUAAAAUGUUCUCUUUUUAUACAACAGCAAUAUUAAUAGUUGUAUGUAUCCCUUCUCAUUUAUCUUUCUCUCUCUCUCUCUAGGGUGAAGAAAUAAGACAACCACACUUUCGGUACACAGCCUUUUAUAUUUAAAAAUCCAUAAAGCAUUAUUGAGUAUCAAAAUCUCAGACACGAGUGACAAAGGUGGCGUUCCUACAGUUCGGUCACUUUAGCACUCUCUCUGUCGUCUAUAUGAUCAACAUUGCCUUACCUAGCAUACUGUUUUAUGUAUUACUGUUUUCCUCUACACUAGUCUAUCUUAGUAUUAUACAGUGAGCCACGUGGGGAAACAAAGGGAAGGGAAAAGGAGUUUGUUUCCCUCUCUUGUUACGUUUAAAUAAAGAAGACUAGAAGGAAAAGAAGAGAAAACUGAAUGGCCUUCCUCUCUAGUUUAUAUAAAUUGAAGGAAAUUGAGAAAAAUUGUAUUCUUUCUCUCCCUCAAGUUCAAAUAAAAGAUUGAAGGAAAUACAGAAUAGAAGAGGAAGAGACAUUUUAUUCUUUCUCUCUCUAAAGCUUAAAUAAAAACAUCUUAGGACAUAAAGAGAAAAAGAAAAAAAAUGUAUUCUUUCUCUCAAAUGUAAACAAUCAUGUCUAGGAACACGUUAAAAAAUCUCCCUCUCUCACGUUUAAAUUAGAAAAAAGAUAGGAAGGAAAAAAAGAGAAAAAGAAAGAAGAAAAUGAGUUUAAGAAGAAAUAGAAAGAAAAGGAAAGAGCAAAAGAAAAGAAGACAGAAAAGAAGAUUUAACUAGGCAGGAAAGGAAGAAAGAAAAAGAAAACAACCAAACAAAAGGAAAUGUAAAGAAAGGGAGAAAAUUUAACUGAACAAAGAGAAGAAGAAAAGAAAAAAGCAAAUAGAACAAUAAGAGGAGGAAAACAUAAUUAGUAAAAGAAAGAAAACAAAUUCACCAUUAAAUUAUUUUGGCUCAGACUGGGAAAGGAAAAGAAGGAAAAAAAGGAGGAAGAAGAGAA